AUGUGUCACACCAGCUGCUCCUCAGGCUGCCAGCCGUCCUGCUGUGUGUCCAGCCCCUGCCAGGCAUCCUGCUGCAUGUCCAGUCCCUGCCAGGCAUCCUGCUGUGUGUCUAGCCCCUGCCAGCCAUCCUGCUGUGUGUCCAGCCCCUGCCAGUCAGCCUGCUGCAGGCCUGCUACAUGCAUUCCUGUUAGAUACCAAGUGGCCUACUGUGUGCCUGUGAGCUGCAGGCCCACUGUGUGCACGGCCCCCUCCUGCCAGUCCUCUGUGUGUAUGCCCGUGAGCUGCAGGCCUGUCUGUGUGACCUCUUCCUGCCAGUCAUCCGGGUGCUGCCAGCCCUCCUGUCCCACCCUGGUCUGCAGACCUGUCACAUGUGGCACCUCUUCCUGCUGCUGACCAGUGUCUCCAACCCAGCUGUUGUCACCAUAGACAGGACACAUCUAUCCCGCGCCCCCAUCUCCUUCCUCUGUGACUAUUGGUUUGCAAGUGUGCU